CCCACGACAUGAACCUCCUCUACCGAAAAACCAAGCUGGAGUGGAGGCAGCACAAGGAAGAGGAGGCCAAGAGGAGCUCCGGUAAGGAGGUGGCCCCCGCAGGCCCGGCGGGGCCUGGGGCUGGCCCAGGACCUGGGGUCCGUGUGCGGGACAUCGCCUCGCUACGCCGCUCCCUCAGGAUGGGCUUCAUGACGAUGCCCGCCUCCCAGGAGCACACCCCCCACCCCUGCCGCAGCGCCAUGGCCCCACGCUCCCUUUCCUGCCACUCAGUGGGCAGCAUGGACAGUGUGGGGGGUGGGCCUGGUGGGGGCGGUGGUGGUCUCACAGAGGACAGUAGUGCCCGAAGACCCCCAGCCAAGCCCCGGAGACACCCCAGCACCAAGCUCAGUAUGGCAGGAUCAGGGGCAGAGAUAACCCCCAGCAAGAAAGCAGGCUCACAGAAGCCAACCCCAGAAGGCCGAGAGUCCAGCCGGAAGGUUCCUCCACAGAAGCCCAGGCGGAGCCCCAACACCCAGCUCUCUGUCUCCUUCGAUGAGUCCUGCCCUGCAGCCCCUUCUCCUCGAGGGGGGAACCUGCCCCUUCAGCGCCUCAGUAGGGGGUCCCGAGUAACUGGGGACCCUGAUGUGGGUGCCCAGGAAGAAGAGCCCGUGUACAUUGAGAUGGUGGGGGAUGUCUUCAGGGGAGGAGGACGAAGUGGAGGGGGCCUGACAGGGCCCCCUCUUGGGGGUGGGGGCCCAACCCCUCCAGCUGGUGCCGACUCGGACUCCGAAGAGAGUGAGGCUAUCUAUGAGGAGAUGAAGUACCCGCUGCCGGAAGAGGCCGGGGAAGGCCGGUCCAGCGGGGCCCCUGCAUUGACAGCAACCUCCCCUCCACACCAGCCUCAUGCCCUUCAGCCCCACUCCCACCGACGUCCAGCCUCGGCCCUCCCAGGCAGGAGGGAUGGGACACCCACCAAGACCACUCCUUGUGAAAUCCCCCCACCUUUCCCCAACCUCCUUCAGCACCGUCCUCCACUCCUGGCCUUCCCCCAAGCCAAGUCUGCUUCCCGAACCCCUGGCGAUGGGGUCUCGAGGCUACCGGUCCUCUGCCACUCCAAGGAGCCAGCAGGUUCCACCCCAGCUCCCCAAGUGCCUGCACGAGAGCGGGAGACGCCUCCCCCGCCGCCUCCACCUCCUGCUGCCAACCUUCUGCUGCUGGGACCAUCAGGCCGAGCCCGGAGCCACUCAACACCGUUGCCACCCCAGGGCUCUGGCCAGCCCCGGGGGGAGCGGGAGCUCCCCAACUCCCACAGCAUGAUCUGCCCCAAGGCAGUGGGGGUGCCGGCAGCCCCCCCUACCCCGGCUGCCUUGCUCCCCGGCCCCCCCAAGGACAAGGCUGUGUCUUACACCAUGGUGUACUCAGCAGUCAAGGUGACCACACACUCUGUUCUGCCAGCUGGUCCACCCCUGGGUGUUGGGGAGCCAAAGACGGAAAAGGAGAUCUCAGUUCUCCAUGGGAUGCUGUGCACCAGCUCGAGGCCCCCUGUGCCAGGGAAAUCCAGCCCCCACAGCGGGGCUAUGGGCGCAGCAGCUGGGGUCCUCCACCACCGUGGCUGCCUGGCCUCCCCCCACAGCCUUCCGGACCCAACUGCAGGCCCCCUGACCCCUCUCUGGACCUACCCAGCUGCAGCAGCUGGGCUCAAGAGACCCCCUGCCUAUGAGAGCCUCAAGGCUGGGGGGGUGCUGAAUAAGGGCUGUGGAAUGGGGGCUCCAUCCCCCAUGGUCAAGAUUCAGCUGCAGGAGCAAGGGACCGAUGGGGGUGCCUUUGCCAGCAUCUCCUGCGCCCAUGUCAUCACCAGUGCAGGGACACCAGAGGAGGAAGAAGAGGAGAUGGGCACCACAACGUUUGGGGCAGGCUGGGCUCUGCAGAGGAAGGUCCUAUAUGGAGGGAGAAAGGCAAAGGAGUUGGACAAGGUCGAGGAUGGUGCCCGAGCCUGGAAUGGCAGUACAGAGGGUCCAGGCAAGGUGGAGCGUGAGGACAGGGGCGCUAUGGCAUCAGGGAUCCCUGUGAGGAGCCAGGGGGCAGAGGGCCUGCUGGCCAGGAUCCACCACGAUCGAGGAGGCCGAACGGCGCUGCCCAUACCCUGCCAGACCUUCCCUGCCUGCCAUCGAAAUGGAGACUUCACAGGAGGCUACCGCCUGGGGCGCUCCGCCUCCACCUCCGGAGUCCGGCAGGCCGCGCUCCACACCCCUCGGCCCUGCAGCCAGCCCAGGGAUGCCCUGAGCCAGACCCACCCCCCGCUGCCGCUGCCGCUGCCGCUGCCGCUGCCACCCCAGCCAGCCCGCGAGCGCGACGGCAAGCUCCUGGAGGUGAUCGAGCGCAAACGCUGCGUGUGCAAGGAGAUCAAGGCGCGCCACCGCCCUGACCGCGGCCUCUGCAAGCAGGAGAGCAUGCCCAUCCUACCCAGCUGGAGGCGGGGUCCCGAACCCCGCAAGUCAGGCACCCCACCCUGCCGCCGGCAGCACACGGUCCUCUGGGACACGGCCAUCUGAGGAGGGCGGGGCAGCGGGGGCAUCUUCACUGGGAGGGGGCAGAGCCCGCCAGGCUCUCCUGGGAGGCUUGCCUUGAGAGACGGAAGGACUAGGUGAGAGCGCCAGGGAGGACCCCGGCCCUCCACCCUAGUCCCCAGAGACGCGGAGCCUGCCAGGCCCAUCGGGGCGUAGGGUGCCAGCAGCACCCCAAGAAACUUGGGGGAGGAGAGUUUGCUCGUUGUUGAGGGUCUAAGCACGGUAGACCCCUCCUCCUGAGAGGGCAAAGGCCAAGGCAUAGGGCGGCAUGGGGAAGGAUGGAAGGGGUCAGCGCUAGAAGGGGGUGGGUCAAACGGAAGAGAAAGAUUAGAACCAGCGGGAGGGCUCUUACUGAGAGCCGGGAGUCGGGGAGGGGGUAUUUAUUUGUUAUUUAUUUUAGUCUGGAGGGCAAUUCUGGGUCCUUCUGACCUACUCCUGUGCAGGGAGAGGAGAAUGGAGGUCAAGUUUGCACUCUCCCCAAUGCCAAUGCCUAAAGGCCCACCGUCCAUGCCCACCCCAAAGUGCGGGAUGGGUCCGCUUGGGGAGCCAAAUGAGAGAAGGGAGGGGCUCGAGCGAGCUGAGGACCUCGGACUAUUUACAGUAUUUACAAUUUUGCCAGAAUUUGGUAGUGAGCGUGGCCUGCUCUGAAACAGGCAUCUUAUUUAGUUCUGGGUUG